AUGCAGUUGGAUUUCAGAGAUAUUGAUAUGGAGCUCCUGCCUGAUGGAAUGGAGAAAAGGAAGCUCAAUCAAUCUGCCUGGGAUUUCAAAAACCAAACCGCGCUUCUCACUAUCGAGUUCAAGUUCCAUCCCCCACCAGACCCUCUCGCCCUAGCCGGUCAAUCGCACCCGACUGUAACCCUCCUCACUCAUAGGAACGACAUUAACACGUCUCUCUUGGCUCUUUUGCAAAAGCAAGUGACCGAGCGACCCAAGGGCAAGAAAGAGAAGGGCACUCCUGCGUGGGUGAAGAGCUUGGUCAUGCCUGACCCUGACGAUCCCGAAGGGUUCGUCAUCCCGACCUGUGUUAUGCCCGCACCCUCCGGUAUAGCUACAAAUUUGACCAGACAACCCAAGACGGGAUAUUACAAGUUCGACCCAACGCAGAAGCUCUCGUCUCUGCUCCGGAAUAAAUCUUUUGUAGAAUAUCCUUGUAUCGAGAUAUUCGAGGACGGCAGCUUCCAUGGGACGGUCAUUGACGACAGCGGGGCCAUUCAAGUGGGAGAAGAUGAGAGGAAGCCGAAGAGACGGAAAAUUGACGUGAAGGCGAUCCGCGGGUUGCUGGGCGGCUAUGGGAGCGCUGACGAGGAGGAAGAGAGGAACGUGUUGAUAACUUUGGGAGACUACGGUGGGAGCGACGCAGAAACGGAUAUGCCUAGCAGACUGGAUGAAGGAGAAGUGGCUGGAGGAGAUGAGGGAGGCGAGGGAGUGGAUGAGGUGGAAGGGGACGAUAUUGAUCCAGAAGACACUACCACACUCGACGACGAUGCUCCUGGCGAGGAAGUUAAUUACGAGGAACUGGUUGCGAAAGUCAAGGCAGCACAGUCGCUCGAAGACGAGGAGGACCUGGAUUGGGGACAGUCAGAUGACGAUGACAAGCUGGAACAAGUCGUACGGACAGCAGCCCAGGAGAUACUCCGAGCUCAAGGGAUGUAA